AUGAUCUGCACAUUAACCCCAAUCAACCUCUACAACCCCUCGGAAUAUGCCACCCUUCAACAUCAACGCCGCAUCUGCGGCUGGGACUAUAGCGACGAGAGCAUCCUCGCCUGGCGUGAGAAACAAGACGCCGACUUGAAAACAUUCUUCUGGAUUAUCCUCCCCGGCAAGAGUGGUGACGAACCCAUUCGCGCCGGUCACAUCUCGCUCGACGCAUACGCAUCCCCGCCUGAUCCGGGGCUUGCGCAGGCCGAUCACUCUGUCUUGACCAUUCAAACGUUCUUCAUUCUGCCAGAGUACCGGACCGGUGGUGUCGGCCGUCGAGCUAUGCAGUUAGUGGAGGAAAUGGCGGUGAAUGAUCCGCGGUGUCAGACUGUUACUGUCAAUGCGUUGAGUAAAGAGUACAUUGAAAAUGAGGAGAAACGAGCAUUCCUUGAAUCAAUGAACGCGGUACCGGAGUUUGCGGCGGUGUUGUGGUAUGAGAGGUUAGGAUACGUGCGGUGGAAGACGGAGCCGAGGUACCCGUACAAGUUGCCUCAGGGAGAGGGCAUGUACGAGGCAGACUUCAUGAGGAAGCAACUGCGGUAG